AUGAAAAAGCUGAACUGGGACACCAUCCCCAGCCAGCGUGUCCUGGGCAAAUUGAACGUGUGGACGUCCAGUCGGCCUCAGAGGGACCUGGUGCUGGACAUCCGGAGCAUGGAGGAGCUGUUCAGUCAUGUAGACAAACGGGCUUCGCUACGCAAUUCAAAGGUCGCUCCUAAGAAGUGUGAUGGCAUGGACAAUUUUCCGCAGGAGCCUCAGGUCACAAUUCUUGACUCCAAAAGAAGUAUGAAUAUUGGAAUCCUCCUCAGACACUUCAAGAGGCCUGUGAAAGAAAUGGUUGAGAACAUUCGUCAAGGGAACUGGCACAGAUUUGAAGCUGGCAAAUUAAAAGAGCUUUGUAAACUGCUGCCAGAGGAAAGUGAGGUGAAGCAUCUGCUAUCAUUCAGUGGGAACCUGUCUGUGUUACCCGAGGCCGACCAGUUCAUGGUGCAGCUGGUCAAAGUGCCAGGCUAUGAGGAACGCCUCAAAACGAUGGUGCUGAGGGAGGAAUUCUUUCCUCUCAUGGAGGACGUGAAGAACUCGGUUGCUGUCAUGACCAAAGCAGCGAAUGAGCUAUUGGACUGUGAUGACCUCCACUCAGUCAUUCGGCUCGUAUUGAAAGCCGGGAAUUACAUGAACGCUGGCGGCCACAGUGCCAAUGCCAUUGGCUUCAGGAUGACCUCUCUGCUCAAGCUGGCAGACACGAAGGCCAACAAGCCUGGCAUGAACCUCGUGCAUUAUGUAGCCAAGCAAGUAGAGGACAUUGACACGGAGUUGCUCACUUUUCCCAGCCAGCUUGAUCACAUUGGGAUGGCAUCAAGAAUUUGUAAAGACGAGGUAAUCACCGACUUUGAGAGGGAAGUCAAGAAGAUCAAGGAGGUGAAAUUGUACAGCAGCAGACAGCCGGGCCUCUUAAAACAAAUGGAGACAUUUCUUUUGAGAGCAGAGGCCAAGAUUGCAGACUUGGAGUCGUCUCUCCUGGAGCUAACAGCGCUGAGCAAUGCUGUUGCUGAGUAUUUCUGUGAAGACCCAGCUACCUUCAAACUAGAGGAGUGCUGCUCCAUCUUUCACUCAUUUUGUAAGAGGUUUGAAACAGCUGUACAGGAGAACCGUGAGCGAGAGGCAGCAGAGCAGAGGCGCCAUAGGAAGGAAAGCGUCCGUGUUGCAGGAAAACGCCGCUCCACGUUGUCUAGCGCAGGAUCCGAACCCAAAAGUGACUCCUCGUGUUUGGAGUCGGCCCUGCACAGUUUCCUUUCCACAGAGGGUCUAGCCAGAAGCAGGAAGAACACGCUGCCCCCAAUCGAAGGGUCUCCCUCCGAGCGCACUUCUCAGGCUGCUCCAUUAUUUAAAAAAGCAGAAGGAACUUCCCCCAGCAGCCGGGAGAGUCCGGGGAAGAAACAAGCCAAACUACAAAAAGAGGACAAGGAAAUGACACGAGUAGAAAACAAUAAAGAAGCUGAGAAGACGCGUGAGAUAAGUCGGAAGGUGCUUCGCUACCAAAGCAGCCUCGAUGGGGACAGAGCUUCAGGCACUCCUCGACGUUCGGAGAGAGAACAAGACAAACCUGCCGUCCCGUGCACCCCUCGGCCUCGAACCAGAGACUUCUUCUUUGCCGAUAACGGGGAUGUGGGUUCGCCGUGGACUAUCCUGAGUCCGUUCCCUUGCCCCCGAAAAAACAAACCCCAGACCCAGCGAAAAAGCCACCAACGCAGACUGUCGUCAACGUACGGUGGAGACGACCACGGUGACGGAGUCUGGGAGACCGAUGAGGGAUGUCAUCGACCCAACUCCUCCAAUCAGAACAGUGUAACAUCUGCCGGUUCCACGUCUCUUCCUGAGUGCGUACGUCAGAGAACUUUGUCGCAGGGUCCAAUUUUGAGAUCCGCUUCGGUGGAUGAAACCAGACAGUCUCCUGCAUCUGGAUUCCGACUCGGAGACUUGUUCCCGAGAAGCGCAUCUCAGAGGUCGCAGUCCUCUGGUUCAAGGACAGAAAGUGUGACAGAAGAAGGAACUGGAGUCUGUUCAGGGCUCAGCAGUAAAGCUGGGAAUCAUAUUGAGGGACAAGCGAGCACGUCUGGAUUUAUAUCGUUCUUCAGGCGCAUUGGAGGCAAAAGUAAACCCGGUGAUUUGGAAGAGCAAAAAUUUUAAAGGAUCUAAUUAAUAAUUUUAUUCAGAGAAAGAGACUAAGCUUUGUUAUAUUGUUUGUGUUUUAGAUUGUUAAUAUUUUUUUACUGUUAUGCUUUUACUCUUCAGUGGAAACAAGGCAAAUGUGGACUUGCUUUGAACUGUGAAGGUUUUGAUUUUUGAGAGUCAGGCCACGUUCAAAAAUCGCUUUCUUUCCUUUUUGUCUUUUUGUGCGCAAUAAAGAGUGACAUUCUAUUAUUUUUAUGAAAA